UGUCACGUGACAAGGGUACUGCUGCGGGCAGCCGCGCGCCUCAUACCGCUCGAACACAUAGGAGGAUCUGCAGAAAGGGACAUCGCAAGUGAAAAUGGGAGUCGAGGUAGAGACUAUCACCCCUGGAGACGGCAGGACAUUCCCCAAGAAAGGACAGACGUGUGUGGUGCAUUAUGUCGGUUGUCUGACAGAUGGCAGGAAGUUUGAUUCAUCAAGGGACAGAGGCAAACCCUUCAAAUUUAAGAUUGGAAGACAGGAAGUCAUAAGAGGUUGGGAUGAAGGAGUUGCCCAGAUGAGUGUUGGCCAAAGGGCAAAGCUGACAUGUACACCCGAUUUUGCUUAUGGCGCAAAAGGCCACCCAGGUAUCAUCCCAUCCAAUGCCACUUUGAUUUUUGAUGUGGAACUCCUUAAGCUGGAAUGAAGCCGCUUGGAAUAUUUUUUUGCCUCUUAUGAUGGGAACAUGGAGAGAGCUUGGAGAAGUGUGCACUUGUACAUAAGGGGCUCAUAUUAUAGUUCCACUUUAGUCACUAUCUAUCCAUAUAGAAUUUGUGCAUCAUCAGUGACUCAGCCUUUUUCACACACACCCUUCCUUUUAAACUAUGGGCCAUAAACUUAAAACCUCGUGAAGUUCUUAAUCUUGAAUUUAAUUGUGCUUUUGUUUGCUUUUUUUGUGUAGAAUAAGUUGUGCAUGAUCAAGCAUUAAGGAGAAAUUGAUGAUAAAUAAUGGAAGAGUGCAGUAAAUCUGAGAUACUGUUUCAUUUUUAAAAAGCACACUCUUGCAUAGCCAGAGAUUCUGCUGUUAAAACUUUGAUCAAUGCAUCCAGCAGGCUCAGCUGCUUCAGACAUUCAUCAAGAAAACUAAUUUAUUUUGGUCAAAUAGUAGUUUUAGUGCUGUAGUUCACCUGUUCUGUUCCUCAGUCAUUUAUCUAGGUAAUGAUUUUGGUUAUAUUUUACUUAAAAUAUGUGGAUUGCAUGAUUUGUGCAUUCAUAAGAAUAGGCUAAUUUUCCACGAGUCUAUACAAGUAUCUCUUGAUUACUGUAUUUUUUCCAUUCCUUCAUUGCAAAAAUGGUUUUGCAUGUUUGUUUAGGAACAUGAGUCCUGCACACCUGUAUAGUUUUCAUGAAAAACAGUUUUGUUUCCUUAAUUCAGCUGUACUCACAAAGCCAUAAUUGACAAACAACAUAUUAGUGAAACAACAUGCUGUGGAGUGUAUGUAAAAAUUAGUUGUACCACAAGGUGCCUAAACAUUUGGGCAGUUAACUGACAAGUCUGCCUCCUUGUGUUGUAACAACAGUUUGCCAUUGUAUUUUUCAGAUUCCAACUUUAUAUUAAAAAUCUAUAUAUAGAUAUAUAUAUACAUACCUUGAUAUGUUAUGUAGACAACAGUUGUAAGAGUUAAACUUUUACUACUGAUGCUACCAGAAAUCACCCACACUGCCUAACAUUUUUUGUGGGGGCACAGAAGAGUCCUUUCUUACUAAUUGAAGGUGCUGAUUUAAAAACAAAUAUAAAAAUAGGAUGCUGGUCAUCACAGCUGUUGGUGUAACCUGUUUGAUGUGGCUUAGAUUGUCCUUUACUGCACUGUAUAUCUGCUGUGUGCUGAAUAGGCAAGGAAACCAAUGAAAAUCAAAAUAUGCUGUUGCAAUAAAGUGCUUUCUACCAGCUUUGAAAAAA